AUGGCUGAAAUUGUCUCGGCUAUUUGUGCAUGUUGUCAAUGUCUUCAACCAGUUUUUAAAUGCUUGGGUAAACAUGCAGGUUACAUUUCCAAGUUUGAUGAUAAUCUUAACGUGUUGAGGAGUGACCUGGAGUAUCUUGAAGCAAAAAGAGCUGAUGUGGUACGCAGGGUUGAUGAUGUAGAACUCAAGGGUGGGCAACCGCUAGAUGAAGUGAAGACGUGGUGUUCAAAAGUCGAAACCGUUGAAACCAACACCAAUCUCCUGGUUGCUAAAGCUUCCGCUGUACAGUUAAGGCGGUCAACAUGUGGGUAUUGCUCCUUCAAGACCAUUUCAACCUACCGUUGUGGCAAAAAGAUUCCCAAAAUGUUGAUUGAAGUUAAGAAUCUCUUGUCAAAAGAUUUUAAAGAGGUGGCUGCGCCAACCCUUCCUUCCGCGGAAGAAGAAGAACCUGUCCAGCAAACAUUUGGUCUUGAUGCAAAGCUUCAUAGCACAUGGGAACUUCUUAUGCAAGAUGAUAUAAGAAUGUUGGGUCUGUAUGGCAUGGGUGGAGUGGGUAAAACCACACUUCUCACUCUAAUAUGCAACAAGUUCGUUGAACUCAAGGGUGAUUUUGAUGUUGUCAUUUGGGUUGAAGUGUCUAAAGAUGUAGAUGUCGGGAAGAUUCAAGAUGAUAUCGGCAAAAGAUUAGGCCUUUGUGACGAGGGUUGGUGCAGAAACUCACAAAGGGAGAAAAAGAGGGAAAUACGGAGGGUUCUAAACGAUUGGAAACCCCGUUUCGUGCUGUUACUUGAUGACUUAUGGGAGCGAGUGAGUUUAUCAGAUAUCGGAAUUCCAUUGCAGGGUACAAAAUACAAAAUCGUGUUCACUACUCGCUCUAACAAUGUCUGUCUAAGGAUGAAGGCAAAUGAGAACAUAGAAGUUGAAUGUUUGGGGGAAGAAGAUGCAUUGAAAUUGUUAAAGCAAAAUGCCAGAAGAGACGCGUUAACUGGUGAGAGGCUUGAUCUCGCAGAAAAGAUUGCGAAAAAGUGUCAUGGCUUACCCCUUGCGCUUGAAGUCAUUGGCAAGUGUCUGUCAACCAGAAAGACUGAAAAGGAAUGGGGUCAAGUGCUCGACACUUUGGGUUGUGCUCCAGAUGUAUUGGAAGGUAUGGAAAACGAAAUGUUUGGUGUUUUGAAAGUAAGCUACGAUUAUCUAGAGAAAGAGGAUGCACAGUCGUGUUUUCAGUAUUGUGCUUUAUUUCCCAAGGCAUAUAAUAUCAACCGAGAGGAGCUGGUAGAGUAUUGGAUCGGUGAGGGUAUCAUUGAGGUAAGACGCGGAAGAGACAUAGCAAAGAGUCAAGGUGUUGAGAUCAUCAAUACUCUUGUUGGGGCAGGCUUGUUAUUGAAGGAUGAUGAGUCUGGUCAGAAAGUGUAUAUGCAUAAUAUGAUCCAUGAGAUGGCCUUGUGGAUGGUAUCUGCAGUUAGGGAGGGAAGAAGGUUUCUUGUGAAGACGGACGCUGGGUUAACGAAUCUGCCAUAUGAAACGGACUGGAUAACCGUGACGAAGAUGUCGCUGAUGAACAAUGAGAUUGCGAGCAUUGCUGACACUCCUCUAUUUCCCAAUCCGGAUCGUCUUGUAACCUUGUUCCUUCAGAAUAAUAAGUUGGUAGAUAUUGUUGGUCGAUUCUUUCAGGUCCUCACGACUCUGGUGGUUUUGGAUCUAUCUCACAACCCUGGUAUCACUGAGUUGCCCGGCGAUAUAAAAUGGUUGGUAUCUUUGCGGUAUCUCAACUUGUUAGGGACGAGGAUAAACAGUUUGCAAGGUAUACAAGAUUUGAUCGAACUGAUUCACUUGGAUUUGGAGUCCACAUCCAAUCUUCCAACUCUCAGCUCGAUUUCAGGAUUACUAAAGUUGCAGGUGUUGAGAUUUUAUCGUUCCGCUCCUUUAGAUCGUACGUUACUGGAGAAGUUGAAGCUUUUGGAGGGUUUAAAACUUCUGACCAUCACUAUCGAAGCUGAUGUUGAAGUAUUUAAAGCUUUUCUAGGAAGCAAACUGGCAGAGCGUACACAAGGUUUAUAUCUCGACAGACUUGAAGUAUCAGAAGAAUCAUUUGCAGCCACCAUUGGUGCUUUGGGUAGUCUUUCCAAACUUGGAAUGACAGACUGUAAUAUCAUAGAGUCAGAGACGGAAUGGGAAGGAAACAGAAGGAGCCUGCAGUAUUCUCCAUCUACGUCUCAAAUCACUCCAAGCAAUAAAUGGUUCAAGAACCUCUCAGCUGUGGUGCUAGUCUCAUGCGCACGUCUAAGGGAUUUGACUUGGCUGAUAUAUGCUGAAAAUCUCGAGUCCCUAAGCGUCGAAACCUCUCCAAAGAUGGAAGAAUUAAUUAGUGCAGAGAAAGCUAGGGGUGUCGAUUUGGAGCCUUUUAGGAAGCUAGAAGUCCUCCACUUAGAUUAUUUGGGUGAGCUGAAGAGCAUCUAUUGGAGUCCACUCUCUUUUCCAAGGCUGCAGAAAGUCCGCAUAACAAACUGCCCGGCGCUACGUAAGCUUCCACUAAACUCCACGAGUGUAAACAGAAUUGAUGAUCUUCGCAUCGAAGUGGAGGAAGCAUGGCUACGAAGAGUUGAGUGGGAGAGUGGAGCUGAAGAGCGGUUUCGUCCUGCUAUCCGCCCUGUUUCUGAUUCUUAG